AUGUGGAUGAAUGAUUUACUAAUAGCAGACAAAAUUGAUCCUUAUGACAAAGAACUUUACAACCAUACGCUGAAGGAUGGAUUCGAGUAUGACUCCCAAAUGAGAAUAAAUAUAAUUGGUUUCUUUGCGCAAGGGAAAACGACCUUAACAAGGAGACUUUUAGGUGAACCUUUAGAUAGCAUUGCCUGUACAGAUGGUAUAGAAAUUUACCCGCGGAAGUGCAAAAUGCAUGGAAAAUUUUGGAAAACAAGUAACACAACAAACUUGUAUGACGAAUGUUCUCGGCGAUUGGUAGAUGUUACAAACAGGGAGCAUACCGUCCCUUUAGAGUUUGAAGAAGAAAAUGUCAUUGAUGCAAUCAUUGACACGUCAGAAGGUGGUGAGAUUAGGACAUUUAAAGGCGAUGUUUCGAGUGAGCCAGAAUCAAGCACACAAAUGAAUGUUGAGUGUAACAAACAGUUUAGUGAGCAGCAAAAUAAGCAAGCAAACGACCCGGAAAUACAGUUACAGACAUUGUUUUCUAAUCAUUUGAGAGAUGAAAAAGAAAUCAAUGAUCAAGAUGUACUAUUAGCAAAUAUUUGGGAUUUUGGUGGUCAAUUCAUCUAUUAUGCUACGCAUCAAAUAUUUCAUUCGAGGGACGCAAUAUAUCUGCUGGUGUUUGAUCUUACAAAGGAUCUUGAUACAAUCAUUAUUGACUGCGACUUUCCAGAUAGACAGGAGAAGAUGAGAAACAGUUUAUUGUUCUGGGUAAACUCGAUACAUGCGUUUGUUGGUGAUGAUGACUCGAAAGAAAACAUGAAACCGACAAUAAUAUUAGUAGGAACACACAGCGACAAGGUAAAGGGAAACGUUGACUCCAAAUUCCAUGAGGUUUAUCAGCUGUUUGAAAAUACAAAAAUCAGACACCAUAUAUAUGAGAAACCAUUUGCAGUUGCAAGUCUUGAUAAAGCUGAUGAUGGAAUAGACAAUUUAAAGGAGACAAUAUAUAACUUAGGCGUACAAAAUGCCAAGUGCAUCAAAAUACCAGCAAAAUGGAUUCCUCUAGAGAUUGCAUUGCUGAAUAUUCGAGAUGAAAAGGAAAAGCAAAUUUUAGAGUUUGAUGAGGUUGUGGCUUUAGAUAUACUCAAUACUCAUCCAAUCGCAGAUACAAAUGAAAUCAGGAAAUUCCUCAACUACCAUCAUGCGAAAGGCACAAUUAUCUUCUUUGAUGAAGAUGGCCUUGACAAGUAUAUUGUCCUGAACCCGCAAUUUAUGAUAAAUGCAUUUAGGUGCAUUAUUUCUGCCAAAUGGUUUUGUAGGUGGAACCACACUGUUCAGAUAAAUGCGAAGAAGUUGAAUCGAGAGGCUAUUCUAGAACCAGAGUUUUUAGAUGCUGUUUGGAAAGAAGAUCAGUUUAUCAAUUUCAAAAAGAUUUUGCUUAUGUUUCUAGAGAAACAUCGGAUACUUGCUGAAUUAAGGCAAAUGGAUGAACAAACUGGCAGUAUCCAACUUCUAGGAAAAUACAUGAUACCAAGUCUACUUAAGCCUGAGCUUUCACGACAUGAAACAAAUGACUUUUUACAACAUAAAAAAUACACAAGAGUCAUUCUUGGGCUUGAACUAGAAGGAUUAAUAUCUACCACAGUCUUUGAAAAAUGUACGGCGGCUUUGCUUGGCAAAUGGCCCCCUAUUGAAUACAACGAUCAAGUCCUUGUUUCACAACGUGAAGGACUGUAUCGUCUUGAUCUACAACACGCCGGGUUAAUACAAAAGUCGGGUGAAAACAUAGAACUGAUGGUUAUAAACCUUUGUCCCCCUGAACACCCACAAAGUACAACGUCUGAUCGUUUUCGUCGAUAUGUAGAGAUGGUUCUCACAUUUGAGAAACGUAAAAAUCAUUUACGUCAACAAGGAGAUGUAAAACCUUACCGACAUUAUUUCAAAUGUAAUGACUCUAAGCAUGAAGGCCGUGGAAGUCACAAUGUUCACUUUUUAGAUGAAAUCAGAAAUGAACCGAAGGUAUGUUGUCCAGAUAAUAGAAGUCAUCCGAUAUAUGUACAGGAGGCUAUUGCAGAAUGGUUCCAAGGAGAAGGCAUCACGGAUUUUGAAACCAGUAUUAUACGAAAAGCGUCGAAAAACGACAAAUUGGUUUCGAGAGUGGCACGAGAGUUUGGAAUUAAUUGGAAAAUGUUUGGAAUCGCUAUAGGUCUGUCAUUUGAAGAUUUAAAGUCAAUCAGUGACGAAUGUGAUCAAGUAAAAGAGUUAAAAAUUCUAAUAAUUGCGAUGUUCAAUGUAUGGAAAGAAAAAUAUCCGGAUGAUUCCGACUACAUGCAUGAAAGAGAAAACCAAAUCGAAAAUAACACCGGUAUUAAUGUGGACUGGGACAAAGUGCGAAAUUGCUUUGACGCUGGUUAG